AUGACCAUCCCCAUCGCAACAAUAACCUCCUUCCGCACCGCCUACAACCCCUUCUCGCGCGCCUCACGGCCCUGCAGACUCUUCCUCGGCAUGCUGCGCACACCCGGAAACCAUCCCCGCCAGCAGCCCGACUCACAUCGAUAUCAAGGUCAAGCAAUUGCCGCGGAACUCGACCGAGUCGCCGACCAUGACGGUUGGGUUUAA